ACCUGUAUGUAUUCAUGGAAUGCGAUCGUGCAUGUUUAGACAAAGUUUUGCACAUAAUUUCGAGUAGUUUCAAUAUCUAGCUUUCUAGAAGGCAAUUAUACGGGCUUUAACAUGAAAUGGGGUACUCUUUGUGAGCAAUAAUAAUGCAUUUGCCUUAAUUUGCUAAUCUUUGAUAUCAUCAUUCAACAAAAGGUUAUUUUUGUUCAGCCAUAAUAUUUAAAAAACAACUAAUUUAAAUAUAACAAAAAAAGUAUGGAUUUGCACAUCGCUAAGAUAACUUCCGACGUGAAAUUAUCAGACGCCCUGACGAGGCAACUGGAAACUACUCGGCUCUAUGCUCAAUCAUAUGAUGAAUUGGUUACAAACGUAUAUAAAGUGUUGUCAGGUACAGAGGGUUUCAUUGCCAAUGCAGUCACGCUUUCCGAUGUGCAUGUUUCCACAUCUUCCCAGUCAGUAAAAGAAGCACAGAACAAACUUACAGUCAUAUCAGAAAAUGUUGCAAUUCAGCAAAGGUCACUGCAGAUCGAGCUUGAACAAAAUCGUGAAAAUUUAAAGCGAAGCAAAGGACUCAAAGAACAAAAAGAAAAUGAAAUAAAAAGAUGUAAACAACGAAUCGAGCAUGAAGAAAGACAGCAUGCAAUGUAUAGGGAAUUGGCUAAGGGUGCACAAGCUGACGUCGAUAAAUACGAAAAGAAAGGCGAUACAGCUAUCAAGAGAAUAAUUAUAAGCGGUGGUGUCGUCGCGACUGGAGGCCUAAUGUUUCUUGGAGCUAUUGCCGCACCUGUAACAGGAGGUUUAAGCCUGGCUGUAGCUGCUGGGGCUGCCGUUGUUGGGUCGGGUGUAGCUGCUGGUGGGACAGUGUCUGCAGUCAUAAACGGGGUCGAAUACGCUGAAAUGAAAGAAAAAAAUAAAGAAUACACGCAAAAGGCGAACGAAGCAAGAGUUAACCAAGCAAAAUGCCAAAUGGAAGGAGCUGAGUUGGAAAGAAAUAUUAAAAGCCUAAAACAAGAAAUAGGCUCUGCAGAUGAAACCAUUAAAGAUGUCCAGAAUAUGCUAGACAUCUACUUCCUUUUAGUAAACGAAUUGCACCAGGUUUUAAAGCGAUUUCAGGAAUCAGACGUAGCUAUGCACGCAGCUGCGGUUGAAACAGAAUCUUUCCGGAAAAUUCAGAGAGCGUUUACGAAACAUAGGAAUCACACGGGAAAAUUCGAUAAAUAUAUGGACAACCUUAAGGAAAAGUGGCGUGAAAUGCAGGACGUCAUUGAUUUUCAGCACAAAAGAAUGAUACAACCAUAAUGCUAGCUAAUGAAAAGCGUGAAAAAUAUAUUAAUAAUUGGACAAUUAUAACACGUUGAUGUUCAGUUAUAUGAUCAAAAAAAUCACUUAAAUCGAUUAUCAUGUUGUAAAUUGAGUUUUAAAAAAAACACUAAAAAAACACUUUCAUAGUUUUGUAGCCAUUUCAACUACAUUUGUGUAUUAUGACCAUAACUUUGUACUCGAAUAUUCGACUAAGACAUGAAGAUAAUGAUACCCGCUGUUCAAUAUCAACGUCCACUUAAGUACACAAGGUCAUGUAUGGACAUCGCAUACCAAACUCAAAGACUCAUGGUCAUUAGCAUUUAUCAGAACUAAUAAAAUUAUCAUAAAGGCUAAACAAGUGUGCUGAAGUGUGUUUGCAUCGUCACCAAAAUGCGGGUAAUGUACUUGCAAUAAAUAAAAUAAAGGAUUGUACGUUCAAAACAUCUGCCUUUGUAUUACAUACGUCAUUAGAUUGACGCACGUUUUUAUAUACAUGUAAUGCAUAAGCUAAUAUACUACACCUUAAACAUGAUCGAUUUGGUAUAUUACGUUGCAGUUAACGAUUGCAUAGAUUCUUGGGCGAUAAGCAGCUGUGCGGUUUGGAUGCCCACAAGUUUUAUGAUAAGUUUCAGCUAUUAUAUAUUAAGGACAUAAUUUACUGUUAAGUGAUCGGCGUUUAACAAAUAUGGAUAGUAGAAUUGUGAUAUGUUGCAUACUAGCUAUCGGGGCUAUGUGUGAAGCCUUCCGGUUUAAUCAAGGAUAUGGUCACGCCAGGCCCUUAUUCCUUCAUGAUCACCCGGGCGUAGGGCCCAUAUGCAUUAACCCGGACCUGUGUACACCGGAAGUCGCGCCUUGGGGAUGUUGGAGAGUCCCGAACGAAGCGGAUACUAUGAAUACUGAAAUUUUUAAAAAUCGGACCUCUGGCACAGAACUGACGUUGCUGUGGAUUCUUGACGGUAUAGGCUACUACCGGGAAAACAUUUUAAAUGCAUACCAUAGCCAGUUACGGUGGACAUUACAUGACGACGACUCCGUGACCGUUGGUUUCAAAUAUAGGGAAGGAAAAGAGCCCGGCGCCCCGUGUAUGCAGGUUGAAUUGGAAGGGAAUCUGACCCGCGGAGACCAUGCCAUAAUUGACUUAGACUUGACGUUUGCAGAACCAUUAGGCCACAUGACACCACGCUAUUGGCUCAUGUCAGACCAUCCUGAUGACUACGUGCUCUUGUUUAGUUGUAUCAAUCCUGCACAGGUCCAAAACGGCGUGUGUUACGGACGUUGGUAUGCAGAAGUCUUUGUGACAUCUGAUCCACCGGACCAUCCACCCAUGCACCUCAUAGUAGAAGAACUAUACCGGAAGUUGGGUCUCACCCUCGAUAAUCCCGGGUUUCGGUUUAUUAACAUUGGCCAUGCCUGCCCAGAGACGUAAUAAACCCGGAAGCUUUGAGAACCUUUUAGGGAAUAACGCCGAGUCAUAACCAGAUUUGCUUUUGUCUAAAUCAUGACUCUUUGUGUCAUUGUAUGAAGCGAUAUCUUUGGUAUUUCUUUGCUUCAUGACACUAACUAUUUUACGCUGUUUUUUUUCAUACAGACGAACAUAUAUUUACGAGAUGUAAUUAACUAUUAACGUGGUUUAAGUUUAGUUGUGUGUAUUCAUAUCUAAAAGUGCGUAUAUUUUUUAGAAAUUUCAAAUAACGGUUUUAUUAUGUUCCCAUUCAGAUAAUUUGGUAUUUCCUGUCAUCAUUAUAGUUUUUGUUUUGUAUGUGCUAGCAUUGAGGUAUUUACAAUAAUAAGCAUAGAUUUAUGUAUAAUAAACAUGAUAUGAAACAUGCAAUUGAUCAGUUAAAUAUUUCUUUAUUUAUUUUGUUUAUUUUGUUUAUGAUUUCAAUUUAUCAGAAUGAUUAUGAUAUAUACAUGUAUAAACAUAAUGCAUGUUUGUAUUUGUCACAAUUUGUAUGCUAUUUGUGAACGUGAGUCUAUGACCUUAUCGUAAAUAAAUGUUCCAUUCUGUUCUGA